CUUUUGCAUGAGGUGGGCCGUGUCAUUAUAUCAUGAAAAAGAAUUAUUGACAUGGAUUGGAAAACUAGUUUGCAUGAAAUAAGAAAAGGGUCUCAUGAGUAUGUAAUUAGAAAGUUUGGAAUUGUUUUUGCAUUUUGAUAAUUAUAUAGAUGAAAGGAUAGGGACAUGCAUAUUUCAUGAACUUUUUUUUCCUUCCCUUCAUAGCCUUUGAAUAACUGUUUAUGCAUGCAUUCAACAUAUAUAUAUUUAUAUAGAAAAUUCAGAACAUAUAUGUGUUUAUACCAGUCUAUAACUGAUUCGUUUUCACGAUGUAGCUGUACUGAGUAAUUAAUUUGGCUGAUUAAGAUCCUUUGAGUUGUUUCAACCAUGUAGACUCUUGGGCUUAGUUGUGGCUGCUGCUUUAUAUUCGACUUUUGGUAUUAGACAUCGAUAUCUUUGUUGUCUUUUACUGCACUGAGAAAUAGCUUUACCUCUGAUGUAGCAUAGACUUCUCAGAACAUCUCCUAAGUGAGACUUCUUUAUUUUAUACAUAAUUCUGGUCACUAUGCUCACUACUUAUGAGAUAUAUGGCCUUGUUAAUGUGAGAUGGAUUAGGCUCCUGACAAAAGUACCUGUUCAUCUUCCUUCAGUCGAGCGUUGUCUUAGGUGACUCUACCGGAGUUCAGGAUGUGUUUCCACUCAAGCAUCCCAUACCUUUCUAAGAGAUCCUUAUCAUAUUUGUGCUUACUUAAGAAAAGUCUUUCCUUGGUUUGCUCAACUUGAAGACCAUGGAAAUGUAAUAAGUCACUUAGAACUUUCAUUUGGAAGCAUAUUGAUAAGUUGGGUCCAGUUUCCAAAUUUCUGCUUCAUCAUAUUCAGUUAUGAUGAGAUUGUCUUGGUGGAUUUAUGUGUUGCCAACUUAUCAUCUCUGGCCUUGAUGAACAAGCUUGAGUUGGCUGGUACCAUUGUGAAACAACAUUGGAUUAGAACUCUGAUAUCUUCCUGUAUCAUGUUCUUGGUACUUGCUUUAACCCAUAUAGUGCCUUCUAUCGUUUACAUGCAUAGCUUGGUUGAGUUUUUGCUUUCAAAUCUUUGAGGUUGCUCCAUAUAUAUUUUCAAUCCAGUUCUCCGUGUAGGAAUAUGUUCCUUACAUUCAUCCGAUAAAGCUUCCAUGACUUAUUGGCAGCUAAUGCCAAUAAGACAGGUUGUGGUGAUCUUCACUAAUGGGCUGAAUGACUAGUCAAGUCCAUGCUAAUGUGAGAAUCCACGAGCCACUAUUAGAGCUUCAGAUCUUUCAAUAGCACCAUUUGAUUUGCUCUUUAUUUUAUAAACCCAUUUGCAUGACAUGGGGUUUACUUCAGUAGGUCUUGGCACCAAUUCCCAUGUCUCGUUUUGUUUCAAGGCUUCUAUUUCUUCUUCCAUAGCUUUUCUUUAUUCCUUACCUAAGAAUAAGAAUACCUUCUCACAUGUGAUUGGUUCUUUUAUUUUCUCUCCUUCAACCACUGUUGCGUUGGCACACUUGGGAUCUGGUCUUUGUUGCCUUAUAGAUCUUCUUGGUUGGAAACCAAGUUCCCUCACUUCUUCACUCCCUUGAAUCUCUGUAAAUUGUUUAGGCCACACAUCCGCUGAUGUUUGUUGAUCUACUCUUGUUCACCAGGAAGAUAAAUCCAUUUCAGGUGACUUCUUGCUAGCCUCUUCAGUUUUAAUUUUUUUUUUCGAGGCUUUUCUUCAAUAUCCUUUGUAUUUGGAAGCAUUAUUGCUUGGCAGACCACCAUAACAAGUUCUCGUUGAACACCAUAUGUCGAGAGGUAUAACAUAUCCUUGUUACAAAAUUGCAACACUUCCACUAUUUUCUUUGAUUAUCAUAACCCACGGAUAUGCAUCAAAUCCUCUUUGUCAAACUUAAUGCAGUAUUGAUUGGUACAAAAAACCUAGCAAAUGUAUCUAAAUAUCAGAAAAUGAGUUACUGUGGGUUUCGUUUCCCAUAACUUCUCGAAGGGGAAGCAAACUCCAUUGUUGUAUGUGGUAAGCUGUCCUCGUGCAUUUUGCCUAAAAAUUGAGGUGGCACGUUCUUUGCAUGCAAAAUACUACUUCAUAUCCAUGCAAGAUGUCUACUUUUGGAAUCUACUUCUAAAUUUUAUUAUGGAGUAUGUGGAUCCAUUGCCUUCUAAUCUUGCAGUCUUCUAGAUAUUGUGAAAUGUGAAUUAUAUUUUCUUCCUUUUAUUGGUAUGAAGACACUAAAUUCUUUGACUUAUUUGAUUUUCAACUUUUCCUUGAGCCCUUUAAACUUAAGGCUUCUGAUUUUCGUUCAAAAGUUCAUCCAUAUGUACCUUGAGAAAUCACUGAUGAAGGUUAUCAUGUAUCGAUGCCUGAUGAUAAAUGAUUGCCUUACAUGACCAAAUAUGUUGAAUGGACCAACUCGAGAGGCUUCUUUACUUUAUAUUUUUCCUGUGGUAAUUGAUGUGCUUUAUUAUACUGGCAACCUGCACAUGCAGUGUCUUCACAAAUCUCCAGUUGAGGAAGUCUCUUGAGCAUAGCUCUUCACCAUUACCCUUAGUUUAUGAUAGCUCAUACGUCCCGAGUGUGCUUGCCAUAAAUUAUUAUCUUAAUUUUCUGAGUCUUAUCUAAGCUGUUUGUGCUGACAUUACAGAGACUACUCCAAUCACUUUCCUUCCACGAUUGGUGAAGUAGUUGGCUAUAGACUCCUGUAUACUUUCACGUUUUUGGGUCCAAAGGCCAUGUAAUUACCUGAGAAUGUGUGUAAGGCCAAAUAUGAAGACUUGCAACAACGUUACUCGGGAUGCACAGCUUGGUUUGAAGAGCUAAGAAAGCAAAGAAUGGCUGAGUUGCGAAGAGCUUUAGAGCAAUCAGAAGACUCAAUUGGGUCUCUGGAAUCAAAACUUGAAUCCUUAAAAGCUAAAAGAAAAGAAGAUUGCAAUGUCGACUAUGAUUAUAGUCAAACAGAAUCACCAGUGCCAUUUCAAAAAUCUGAGGGUGUUGAAUAUACCAGUAAAGAUACAUCUAAGGAUCUUUUAUCUGCUGGUAGUUUCACUGAACAGACCCGGAUAAACUGGUCGCCAGAGUGUGAGGUUCCAGCUGCAACAGCUGCUAAAGCAAAAGGGAUAAAGUUGGAAAGUUUUCCUUCUGAAACCGAAAAGGAUUCGAGCAAUGAUAAGUUAGUGGAAACUGUAUAUGGGGGUCAAGGGGUUACCGUAAAGAAAAGAAGAGGGAAGAGAAAGAGGAAGGAUGUCAAGGAAGCGAGUGUUGGCGAAAGUGACUUUUUGGGCCCUGCUACUGAUGUCCUUAGUGCUUCAAGGGGUUAUUCUGGUCAGAUUGCCAAACCCUCUGGUACUGAUGAUCAAAGCCGAGGUUCAAGCCAGGGUGGGACGGAUGAUUUAAAGGGGAUAUAUGAUUCUAUUGUGCAGCAUGAGUGUGCUUCUGUUUUCUGCCGCAGGCUUGAUAGCCAGAAGAGAGGAAGGUACAAGAAAAUGGUCUUUCGGCAUAUGGAUUUUGACACUAUAAGAUCAAGGAUUAGCAAUGGUUUGAUCGUGUCAGCGAAGGAGCUGUUCCGGGAUAUGCUGCUGGUGGCAAACAAUGCAUUGGUCUUUUAUUCCAAGAACACUCGCGAACACAAAUCUGCAGCACUUCUCAGAGACGUUCUCAUUAAAGCUUUCCGGCAUCAUUACAAGGACUGCAAUACCACCAAGGCUAGCACUCCAAACCUGCUUUUGAUCUCAACCAUGCGGAAACCUCCUGCAAAACCAAGAAGCAUCCGCACUGUCAACCAGAAACCUUCGAGAAAGUUGGCAAAUGAUGCGAGUGGAACUCCCAACGGAGGUAAAAAACAAUUCAGUGCUGUUUCUCCUCCAUCAAUGGAAUCUUUAGCCGCUACAAAGAAGGCUUCUGGUUUACCAAGAAAAGCUGGGAAUCGACGUGGCAGCCCAGGUGCUGGAACUCCUACAAGAGGACGAAAGAGAUGCCUAGCUAGGUGACUUAGUCUGUUGUAACCUCGAAUGUUCUUGUUGCUCCUCCAUGUUUAAACCCAGUUUUAGUCCCGGUUAUCUUUGUGAGAGAGAAAUAUGGGUCUUGCUGGGUGUUUUUUAUCCUUGAUGUUUUUUGUAGUCUUGUAGAGUAUUUUGUGUAUAUAGUUUCUUUUUCUGUUCUGAAUAAUGCAGAAGGAAGUUGUAAGCCAAA